AUGGCCUUGACGCAGGGGCCUAGUACGGUCGUCGGCGUCGACUUCUUCGGACCUCUGCCAGUGACUGCCAAGGGCAACUCCUACAUUUUGUUGUUCACAGACCGUUUCAGUCGGAGAGCCGACAUGUUCGCAGUUACAGCGGCGGAAUUUACGGCGAAAGGGACGGCUCAAAUCUUCUUCAACCAGUACAUGACCAAGUGGGAAUGUCCGACUACGUUAUUGUCGGACAACGGACUGCAUUUCUGCUCGAAGCUCUCCAUGGCGAUCUACGAGGUGAUGGAGAUCAAGAAGGUCACCACCAUAUCCUACCACCCACAGACCAACGGCGGCACGGAACGCGUCAACCACAUGAUGGCCCAGAUGCUUGCGGUGGUCGUCAACAAACAACAAAACGAUUGGGACGUACAUCUCCCGCACGUUGAGUUUGCCUACAACAAUUCCGUGAACCAGUCAACUAGAUUGGCGCCAAACGAGAUCCACAUCGGACGCAUCCCGCGACUUCCUCUUUCGGUCUUCGAUCAUCCCACGGUAGAUGGUCAUCAAUCUUGGCCCGCGAUCAACUCGAGUACUGCAACCUGACUGUCGAUCGCCAGCGCCGGGCCAACGAACUUGUCCGUGAGUACAGUGCCCUGAAGAUUUCGUGAGUCGAACGUUGCAAUCCAUCCCUGCUGGACGCCAUUCACAAGCUCCCUCAGUUUUCCGUUGGUGGGUGGGCUUGGGUGUGCAACACGGCUGCUACGAUUAGACAGGGUGUGCAGAAGGACAAGGACCAACAGGUGCUCACCGCCAAAUUCGCACUUUCCUGGACGGGGCCCUACAAAGUUCUUGCGUUGGGUCCCGCCUCUGCCGACGCCACUCCGGACGGCCGCCCGUUGGCGCGCGAACUCCUCUACCUGGACCUGCCUUCCGAUCUUUCCGGCCCAGCAACUCGUUGUCGCGUGUCU